AUGCAGCAAGCUGCCAAGUCGGCAAUGUCAAAAGCAGCAGAGGCAAGCUUUCAAAGGCUAUUGGAUGCUGAGGAUGGCGAUUCGAUUACAGCAGAGGCUCUCCGCAAAGCGUUGGUCCGCUUCAGGAUACCUGCAGAGGUUUGCAAGCCUGAGGAGACGGAGGAUCUCUUGAAAAUAGUGACAGAAGAAGCUGAAGUAUCUGGGCCUUUGAACCUGGAGAACUUCAAAAAACUGUUCAACACCUUGAAUCUGAAGGUGACGAGAGAUGGCCGCGUUUGGUGA